GAACUCUCCUCUCCCAACCUUAAUUGCGGGCUUUCUCUAUUUCUCUCCACCCUAAUUAUGUUUAUCCGAAAGCAAGCGGCGACCACCGCAUGGUCGGAGAGAUCAGAGAAAUACUGCAGAAACAAAGAAGCUCCAUGGCCCAUCAUGUUCCUCAAUAUUCCCGACAAGUUGAGCCGACGUCUCAAUAUCUUCUUACUAUUUGUCUUUCUCUUAGCUUGGUUUUCUGUGCUCCUCCUUUGGUUCCCGACCACGAACACUACUACUCCCCAACCAAACCAUAUGAAUGACACAAAAUCAUUAGCCCCCAUUCCUAUGUGCGACGGCAGGGUGUCGGUGUACGUGUAUUCAUUGCCGCCCGAGUUUAACGUUGGCCUUCUCGACGACUGCCACCAUCUGAACGUGUACACCGACAUGUGCCCCCACGUCGCAAACUGUGGCCUCGGCCAGCUUCUUUCCGGCAUGGGCUCCGGCGCCUCAUGGUUUGCCACCCACCAGUUUAUCGCCGAGAUGAUCUUCCACGCACGCCUGGAGAAUCACCCGUGUCGCACCUGGGAUCCUAGCCGUGCCGACUUGUUCUACAUUCCAUUCUACGGUGGCCUCCACGCUUCAAGCAAGUUCCGGGAUCCAGAUCUGAAAGCACGGGACUCCUUGGCCGUCAAAUUGGCGGAGUUUCUUCAAGCUCAGCCGUGGUGGCUAAAGCACCACGGGAAGGACCACUUCUUGGCCUUAGGGAGGACUGCCUGGGAUUUCAUGAGGUCGGAAGAGGAUCCUGACUUUGGAGCAAACAGCCUCCUGAUCCUGCCACCUGUCCAAAACAUGUCGGUGCUGACCGUAGAGAGACAUCCUUGGAAGGGUUCAAACCAACACGGUAUUCCCUACCCAUCUUAUUUCCACCCGUCCACGGCGAACGAGAUGCUGACGUGGCAAAACAAGAUGAGGCAGUCCGUGCGUCCCCACCUGUGGUCCUUCGUUGGGGCCCCACGGAAAGGUCUGGAGAAGGCCGCAAUAAGGGACAAGAUCCUAGCACAAUGCGCCGGGUCGACUCGGUGCAAGCUAGUGAGAUGCGGGAGCGCAGAGAGCAAGUGCCACGAGCCGAGCGAAGUGCUGGGCGUGAUGGCAACGUCUCGCUUUUGCCUGCAGGCCCCCGGUGACUCGUUCACACGGCGGUCGACAUUCGACUCGGUUCUUGCAGGCUGUAUACCGGUCUUCUUUUCGCCCCACACGGCAUACACUCAGUACGCAUGGUUCUUGCCGGAAGAUCCAGACGCGUACUCGGUGUACAUAGAUGAGAAAGGGAACGGAAGCCAGAGAAUAGAGGAGGAGCUGUUGAAGAUUCCGAGAGAGAGAGUUGAAAGAAUGCGUGAUAGGCUGAUAGAAAUGAUCCCCAGACUAACGUAUGCACACCCAAAUGCAAGUGGUUUUGGGUUCAGAGAUGCUGUUGACGUUGCUCUCGCUGCGUUGUCCAAACACGUGUUGACGAAGACUUCGUGAUGAGUGGGAAGCAAAAAAGACUCCAACCACUCUGUUGGACUUCGUGGGCAGGCAAGAAGUCUGUCCUCUACACAUAAUUA